ACACAACUGUCAGACUGGCAUAUACUAUCACGUCUAAUAGACUCAAGAUCGGUCUUUCGACCCAUGACCACAGUUCAGUGCAACACAGCCACCUAGAAAUCUCUGACCCCCGGCGACAAACCUCCCCAAACACACGAAUCAUGCAAAAAGAAACACAAAAACCACAGGCGGCAAAGAGCCAAACCUCGAACAAGCCAUCAAAAACAAUGAACCUAACAGAUCGCACGGCCCGCCGCCAACGCGCCUCAUACCCGCCCUCAGACUCAGACCCAACCUCAUCUUCGGGCUCCUCAUCCGAAGACUCCAGCGAAAGCCAAAGCGGAAACGAAGACGAGGACCACUCCGACCAAGAAAUGCGUGACGAACCCAGAUCCACAGCAGCAAACCCAGCCGAUCCCUCCUCGUCACUACCGCAUAUCGGCGGCCGACCCAAACCGCGCAUACACCGCAUGAAGGGCGAUUCGGAACUCUUAUCGCGGCUUAAUGCUUUCUUGCCGAAGAUGAAGAAUGCGAAUGAGGAUUUGCAGAAGGAGAUUGAGGCUGGGAGGGUUGGGGAUCUUGUUCUUGAUAAUGCCGAUGAGGGUGGGGAGCAGUAUAUUGAGAUGGAUCUUGGUCUUGGUGUCCUGGAAGAAAAGAAGGAGGGUGACUCGUCUAGUGAGGAUGAGGAUGAUCGCGAAGAUGCGAAGACUGGUUCUGGUGCUGCUGGGAAUACAUCUCAAGAGCUGAAGGACUCUGAUAUCAUUGGGAAGCUUAUGGGAGGUAAGGGUAAGAAGACUAAGACGGAUAAACCGUCUAUUGAGGAGAUGGCGGAGUAAGAUGCUGUCUGAUGUGGCUUGCAAUGUCUAAGAUAUUGAUUCGGAUGUGUGUACUUACUGUACUGAUUCAUUUACGGCGAUUUACCGGCCUGUCAUUUUUUAUAUGCAUAUGGGCUACAUGUUGUCAUCUUUAGCGUCUUGAUAUUUUGCUAUUUUUUUUUUUUAGAACC